GAGCUUAUCGGGAACUGAAACUGAUUUGUGGUAACUCCCAAAGUUUUGAGCGUUUCUAGCUGUAGCAGCAAUACUGGUUUCUGUCAAGGCAAGGUACUUGCAGAACCAUGUCUGGCUUUGGAGGAUGGAGGGAAGACAGCAGGUACAGGACAGCUACUGCCUCCAAUACUCCAUCUUUUUCUCACGGUAACCCCUGGAAUGGCAACAACAAAACGGAGAAGGGUGAAAACACCCAGAAGCUGACAGCAUCUGAAGAGGAGCAAAGAGGCCAAGCAUCAGCCCACCAACAACACCGAGAUCAGUAUGUUGGCCCAUAUGUCUUGGUAACUCCAAAUGCAACCAGAAGAAAACAGUUGCAGCAAAUUGCUAAGAAAGAGCUCGAUGACCUGGAGCAAUGGAAGAAAGAACACAGGCCAGGGCCAAUUACUUUGGUGCCACAGAGACUGGGUGGAAACGAAUCAGAGGCUAAAGUACGACAAAACCAGCAAAUGUUUCUCAUGCAAUCUAAAUACCAGAAAAAGCACAAGAGAGAAGAAUAUGUAAAAGCAAGAAAGGCAGCUGAAGAAGCUGAAAUCCUGAAAAAGAAAGCAAUUCAGAGAGAGAAGGCAGAGAGACUUGAAGUUAAAAAAAGACAAGAAGAAAUGCAAAGAAGAGAGAUGCUUCUUGAAGAUCACAAGUACAAAACCAAUGAAUUACUGAACAGAUUGGACGUGGCUUUGCCAAAGAGCGAUUCCUGUCAGAUUGCUAAUCCUGGCCCAGAAUCUACAGCAUGGGAAAGAAGCCGUGCUUAUAAGCAAGCUCUUCGGGAGGAUGAAAAUAGACGAUUAGAGGAAAUGAAGCAAGAAUCACGGAGGAAGGCGGAAUUAAUAGCAUUUGAGCAAAAGCAGGAAGAGGAAACCAGGACAAGAGAACUUAAAAAUGAACAGAGGAGGGUAAAUAAUGCUUUCCUGGACCGACUCCAGAACAAAACACAGCCUAAUGACAUCUACCACCCUGGAUAUACCGAACUACCUCAAUAAUGGCACCUUGGAGUCAAACUACUUGUAAUAAAGAAGGAGCAAGGGUAUUUUCACUUUUAUCUGGCCUAGGCCAAACGAGCUCAUAAAAGCUCCAAGAAACUGCUGUUUAUUGUGAUUCUUUUCUUAGCCUGACUUCAGCUGCACAACCUCUUCAUGAGCAAUCUGCAGAGUCUGGUUUCUAGCUGCCAUUAUUCAUGCAUACACAUUUGAAACAGCUGAUUAUGAAAGUCCUAUUAAAUUUU